GGCCGCUGACGUCAGCGCGUUGUGACGCAGGCAGCCGGUGGGCCUCGCCGGCAGUCGGCCCGGCGCCGGAGUGAGUGGCAGAGACUCCCGACUUCGUCCCGACAGACUCACCCCCGGUACGGCGUAUGUCCGACUGUCAGAACCUGCAGAGCUUCGAUCCCUUUGCUGAUGCGUUCAAGGGCGACGACCUCCUCCCUUCCGGGGCUGAGGGCCACAUACACAUAAGGAUUCAGCAGAGGAACGGUCGCAAGACCCUCACCACGGUCCAGGGCAUCGCGGACGAGUAUGACAAAAGGAAACUCCUCAGGCACUUCAAAAAGCAAUUUGCCUGCAACGGCACUGUGAUCGAGCACCCGGAGUACGGUCAGGUGAUCCAAGUUCAAGGCGACCAGCGCAAGAACAUCUGCGGAUUCCUGGUGGAGGUUGGCAUCGUCAAGGAAGAGCAACUCAAGGUCCAUGGUUUCUAAUGGACUCGAGCCCUGCGGACACACAGCCUGUAAGAUAAUGAUAGACCCCCCUUGUCUCAUGGACGGUACCCAGCCAGCGAGACUGCAGGAAUGGACGUCUCGCCUCUCCAUCUGCUGCAGCCAGCUCAUUUGACCCAACCGCUUCCGUCCCAGUUGACUCCAGACGUGUUUUGUAGCAUUUGAGCUCACUUUUAGAACUUUUUGUAGAGUGUUUAAUUAAAAAACAAACAAACACACACAGUUGAAUAA